AUGAGCGGCCGUAAAAUCGCGGCAGCGACCGUGCAAAAUCGCUCACAAACACCUUUUUGGAACUGGCUUAAAGAGAAGCUUCUGGCUGCUGAUCGUCUCCCGGUCACCCCGCCACCAGGACUUCCAGGGCCAGACGGAAAGUGCGUCUAUCAAAAUCCUCUUCGCUUCCCAAAAAGUCAGUCAGCUCGUCCAGGAUCUGCUGAACUCCCUAAUCUCCCAGGAGGGGUCCAUCACAAACUUGCCGAUAAUUAUUAUUUGGGAAGAGAUGGAAGAAGAAGCGUUCAACCACCAACGACUUUGUAUGUUAAUGACGGAAGUGUGAAAAAAUUCGCGAACCAAUUUGGAGAGCCAAUUGAAACUGUUCAAGCUGUUCAAGUGAACGUUGGCCCAGAAAAGAAUUUCGGACUUCCAGCACCAACUCCAGGAUUCGGAUGCACAUGGAAGCGCGCCAAGGAGAACGAGCUCGCCACCCAAAAGAACGACCCACAAUUCGAUUACUUUGAGCGUUUCGACAAAUUCCAAAAAGCUGCAAUCAUGAGACCGUCUGUUGUCGCUAUGGGAAAACACUUCGGUAACCUCGGAAAGAUGUACGGAGAGCACCGUUUCGCAUUGGCUCCAAACGAGCAGAAGGCUUUCAAAGGACUCUUUGACCAAGCUGUCGUCAAAGUCUUCAAAACCUACGUCUGGGAUCAGUGGUAUUACUACAUCCCACAGACCAUCGGAGCCUAUCUUCUCUACGACUGGGCCAUCAAGACCAACAAGGCCGCAUCCCGCAAGAAUCCAGCCGACUACGCCAAUGAUCAAAUGCUCUCAAGGCUAUCGUUGUUUUCUGCCAGAAGAUUCUCCAGUCAGAAUUUGCUGCCUCAAGGAGCACAAGCUUAUAUUGCAGGAAAAUGGACACCGUCGGCCGCUGGCGAAACAUUUGACGUCAUAAAUCCUUAUAAUGAAGAAAUUCUUUACAAAACCGCGAAUUGUGAUGUCGCAGAUGCGAAAAAUGCCGUCGAUGCCGCUAAGCAAGGUUUCGAGCAUUGGGCAUUCAAAACGACGGCGAAACAACGCGGAGCAAUUCUUCGCAAAUGGUUCGAUAUUCUUGGUGCUCGUGAGCACGAACUCGCCGAGCUUUUGACAAAAGAGCAAGGGAAACCAUUGGCGGAAGCCAAGGGAGAAAUUCAGUAUUCGGCAGCAUAUUUCGAUUGGUACUCGGGAGAAGCUCGACGAGCUUAUGGACAGGUCGUCGAUGCUCCUGUCCUGAAUCGACAACAUCUGCACACACGAGAGCCGAUCGGAGUGGCCGCGUUGAUUGCGCCGUGGAACUUCCCAACGGCGAUGAUCGCGAGAAAAGCAGCCGCCGCGAUUGCCGUCGGAUGCUCGGUGGUGGUGAAACCCGCCGAAGACACACCAUUGUCAGCAUUGGCGCUCGCACAAACUGCAGAAGAAGCUGGAAUUCCGGCGGGAGUUUUUAAUGUGAUUCCAGCGGAUCGCGACAAAACUGCCGAGAUCUCGAAAUUCCUUUGCGAAUCGACUGAUGUCAAUGCGAUCAGUUUCACCGGAAGCACUGCAGUUGGAAAACUUCUUCUCUCGCAGAGUGCUUCAACUGUUAAGCGAGUAUGUCUUGAGCUUGGCGGAAAUGCGCCACUUAUCGUAUUCGACGACGCUGACCUCGACGUCGCUGUUAAUGGAACGAUGGCCACAAAAUUCAGAUGCUCCGGACAAACAUGCGUAUCGGCGAACAGAAUUUAUGUUCACGAGAAAAUUCAUGACAAAUAUGUUGAGAAACUCGCCGAAGCGAUGAAAAGUCGUCUUAUUUUGGGAUAUGGUCUCGACACGAACACCACAUUGGGGCCACUCAUUAAUCAUAAAGCCGUGGACAAGUGCGACGUUCUGCUUGCUGAUGCCGUUGGAAAAGGGGCCCAAAUAGUGACCGGUGGCAAGAAGAGUAGCCAUGGAACUGGAUAUGAAGCCACUCUUUUGACCGAUGUCCAUGAGAACAUGCAUAUCGCUUACACCGAGAUUUUCGGACCAAUUGCAGCCAUUCAAAAGUUCUCCGAUGAGGCGGAGGUGAUCGCAGCAGCAAAUAAUUGUCGAGUCGGAUUGGCGGGAUAUGUCUUCGGAAAGGAUUCUUCGAGAAUACACCGUGUAGUGAGAAGGCUGGAAGUUGGAAUGGUUGGAGUCAAUGAAGGAUUGAUCUCAUGUGCCGAGGCUGCAUUCGGAGGGGUUAAAGAAAGUGGACUUGGUCGCGAAGGAGGCGCUCAAGGAAUCGACGAAUUCACAAAUUGGAAAUAUAUUUGCACACAAUAUUGA